GCAUCCACCGCCUCGAACACUCUUCUCCUACAUACUAGUACACUACCUUAAUCCCCACUCCUCCCCUCCUCACUACUUAAUACACUAUCUUCACCAUGAAGGCUUCACUCUACUCCCUGAUUACCCUCUGCCUUGCCGCCUCAACGCUCGCCGCCUCGAUUGCGGAUCGUGGUGACAGGAAGUAUUUGUCUGUAUACAAGCGAGACACUCCGGUAGAUGGCCUUACCGGCGGCGCUACCGACGGUGCUAUCGGCAACGGUCCGGACGCUCUUGGCGGUCUCACCGAGGGUCUUCUGGGCGGUCUUCCCGCCGCCCUUGUUCGGCGCGAUGCCGGCAGCGGGUAUACCGACGAGGAUACCGAUGAGCAUAGCGACCACGAUGCCAACGAGCAUAGCGACGAGGAUACCGACGAGGAUACCGACGAGGAUACCGACGAGGACACUGACCACGAUACCGACGAGCACAGCGACGAGGACACCGAAGAUCAUACCGACGAGGAUACCAGAGCUGUAUACAAGCGAGACACUCCGAUAGAUGGCCUUACCGGCGGCGCUACCGACGGUGCUACCAGCAAUGGUCUGAGCGGUCCUGCCGACAUUGUUCCGGCUGGUCUUUUGGGUGGUCUCACCGGCGCCGUCCCGGGUGGACUCGGCGGUGGUAUUCCGGUCCGCGUAUGAAUACGCAAUACAUGACCGUCCAGUAUGUGUCGAGUGAAGGAAAGUAGUAUUUGUUUAUCUUCUCGUCUGCGAGUCGUAUGUAUUAUACAUAGUUGUCGUGUUUUUGUUACUUUGAGUGCGGAAUAGGUAGGUAGUCGUGGGACGCUAGAUGUAGCGCAGUAAUGUAAUCAUAUGAGUGGCUGGU